AUGGAGAAAAAGACAAAGCUGCCGCCAAAGGGUGCAGUUCUGAUCGAUCAAUUGCCAAAUAAUGCAAUAGAAAACGAGCUACGGGAUGACACGGUGGUGGUAAAGAGUCCGCCUUCUUUGCGCAUUGUCCCACCUAUUAACUUCUGUCCUGUCGAGAAACAUCUAUACAGAUCCGGUCAGCCAUCCGCUAUCAACCACUCGUUCCUCCAACAGCUCCAUUUGAAGUCUGUGAUAUGGCUUGCAACUGAAGAGCCCCAGGAUACAUUCCUAAGAUUUAUGGAGGAAAAUGAUAUCAACUUAUUCUGCAAUUUGGGUUACGACUCUAUAGAUUCUAAUUCUUGGGACGGGCUUUCGGAAUCCUCUAUAAAACAAGCAUUGGAGAUCAUUUCAGACAAACGCCACUAUCCACUACUUGUUUGCUGUGGUAUGGGAAGACACAGGACCGGAACAGUGAUAGGCUGUCUACGAAAACUACAAGGAUGGAACCUUGCCAGUGUCAGCGAAGAAUAUAGACGUUUUACAGGGGUGCGAGGAGGCCGUAUUCUCGUCGAGCUAUUGAUUGAAGCGUUUGAUGUGAGCACUAUAGAAACAAGAAAAGAGGUUGCUCCGGAGUGGUUGCUUAGAUGACAAGAAGGGCCAAAUUUUUAUUCAGUCUUUCUUUCUCGGCGCUGUCUGUAGCGUUCCUGCGCCAUUUGCACAGCCAGUUGCUCUCUUCGCCGCUGAGCAUUGCACUGCUCCCACGCAAAUGUCGAGCCCAACAUCAGCCCUCCAAAUCCCCAAUUGGCAGCCUUACGUAUGUCUUUAUGGUAUAGGAACAUCACGGACGAAAACACAAAUAAACACGAGAAGCCAGCCAACCCCGCAUCUCGGAAGCAUGGUAUUGCUAUCAGAUUGGAAGGGUGGAAAUCGGACCAACUCAGAUUCGAUAAAAUCCUCUUCAUCUCCCUCGACUGAGUUGUGUGCUGUGGAACCGGCUUCUGGUGAUCUGUGUCAAACUUUGGGGGAACAUCCUCCAGAAAUAUUUUUUGUUCCGUUGUAUCCUUUCCAUUACUUGUAGUCUCCUCUUCGGCUGACUGUGUCGAACGUUUCCCAAAUGGC